UCUGGCGACGGUCGCCGUCGGCCGAGUGACGCCCCGCUUUCACGUUCCGCGCGGAAAGUUCAGCGCGACGAGCGAAGUGAUGGGAUUCCAAAUUUGAGUUUUGAAUGCGAUAAAAUUUUAAUUUCAAACUGGUGUUCUAUUUUCGAGUGUUAUUUUUUUCUCCUCGGACUUAAAUUUCGAAUAGAUUGUAUUUUAAGAAGACGCUGCAAAGUUUUGUGUGAACUAAGAAAAAGUUUUGAUCAAUAUUCGUGGUAAAACAGUGGUGUGGUUAUUGUUUUGUGGUGUGAUCAAAGGUGAACUAACUUUUUACCCUUUUAAAUAUAUUUUGAGGUUUAAUCCUUAAGUCUUCACACGACGCCGGUGAGGGUACGGAGAUAUGCACAAUGGAGGACUACAACUUUACUCUGGACAUGGAGAACAGAUCGGAGCCAUACCAGCCCUAUUACGAAAGACCGGAGACGUACAUUGUUCCCCUGAUCUUCGCUCUUAUAUUUGUCAUCGGGGUUGUCGGCAACGGCACCCUGGUGGCUGUGUUCGUGAGGCACAAGGCCAUGAGAAAUGUCCCCAACACGUACAUACUGUCGCUGGCGCUCGCUGAUCUCCUGGUGAUCAUCACGUGCGUGCCGUUCACAUCCAUUGUGUACACCGUCGAGUCCUGGCCGUGGGGUGAAUUGGUCUGCAGGAUGUCGGAGGCGGCGAAGGACGUCAGCAUUGGGGUGUCAGUGUUCACUCUGACAGCUCUGUCUGCUGACAGAUACUUCGCGAUUGUGGACCCGCUUCGGAAGCUACAUGCUACUGGUGGUAGUAAGCGUGCUACGCGCCUGACGGUGGCCACAGCAGUCGGCAUAUGGAUACUGGCGGCGCUGUUAGCAGCCCCGGCAUACGUGGGCUCUUACCUGAGAGCUUUUGUAGUCAAUCCUACUACGCAGUUCUUGGUCUGCUAUCCCUACCCACCGGAAUGGGGGGAGAACUACCCGCGCAAUAUGGUACUGAUGCGGUUCCUGGUAUACUACUCCCUGCCGCUGGCAGUCAUAGCUUUGUUCUACAUACUGAUGGCCAGACAUCUGGUGCUGAGCACGCAGAACGUGCCUGGGGAGAUGCAGGGCACUCAAAGACAGAUGCGAGCGCGAAGAAAGGUGGCUGUCACAGUACUGGCGUUUGUGCUGGUAUUCGCAGCAUGCUUUCUGCCCUCACAUGUGUUCAUGAUGUGGUUUUACUAUUGCCCGUCAGCAGAGGAAGACUACAAUGGCUGGUGGCACUCUUUGAGGAUCGUCGGGUUUUGCCUCUCCUUCCUCAACAGCUGCGUCAACCCCAUAGCUCUCUACUGCACUAGCGGAAUCUUCAGAAAGCAUUUCAACAGGUAUCUUCUUUGCCGGGGUGGAUCAUCGCAAGGGACACGUGGUUCCAUGUCCCUCUCUACUUCUAGAAGACUCACCUCCAGCAGAAAAACCAAUAUCAGUAUGAUACCAAGAACGACAAGUGUGGGCAGAGAUAGCAGCAUCCGACUACUAAACAACGGCUCCUCGAAGCUCUGAGGGAGGAGUGUGGGCCGCUUCCCCGCCAACAAUAACCGAGAGCGGUCCAAGGAGAACUACAGCAAGUGUAUCAUAUUCAAAACGGACCAUAUGGCGCCCUUUCCCAAAUGUUGUGAGACUGAGAACGGCGUUAAGCACGUGGAGUCUAGUUUCGACGGCACAGAGGGCAGCACUGAGAGCUUUCUCUUGCAAUUAGACGGCUCGUUUCGGUCGAAUUAAGAAUUUGUAAAUUUUAUAGCAAGUGUAUCAUAUUCAAGAUGGACCAUAUGUUUCCUCAAGUGUUGUGAGACUGAAAACGGCGUUAAGAAUGUUGAACCCAGUUUCGAC